GCGGGGAGGCGGGCCGCCCGGGCCGGGGCGGGGCCGCGAGCGGCAUGGAGGAGGCGGAGGCCGCGGCGCGCCGGGCCGAGCAGUGCGGGCCCGAGCGGGGCCCGAGCGGGGCCCGGGCCCCCUGAGCCAUUCCUGAAGGCAUGGGUUGGCCAGGACAGUGGUGACCCCCCAAUCCGGCAUGGACGAUUGGAAGCCCAGCCCCCUCAUCAAGCCCUUUGGGGCUCGGAAAAAGCGGAGCUGGUAUCUUACCUGGAAGUAUAAACUGACCAACCAGCGGGCCCUGCGGAGAUUCUGUCAGACAGGAGCUGUGCUUUUCCUACUGGUGACCGUCAUUGUCAACAUCAAGUUGAUCCUGGACACGCGGAGAGCAAUCAGCGAGGCCAAUGAAGACCCGGAGCCAGAAAAAGACUAUGAUGAGGCCCUGGGCCGACUGGAGUCCCCACGGCGCAGAGGCAGUGGUCCCCGACGGGUCCUGGAUGUGGAGGUAUACUCAAGCCGCAGCAAAGUGUAUGUGGCAGUGGACGGCACUACGGUGCUGGAGGAUGAGGCCCGGGAGCAGGGCCGGGGCAUCCAUGUCAUCGUCCUCAACCAGGCCACGGGCCAUGUGAUGGCAAAGCGGGUGUUUGACACGUACUCGCCUCAUGAGGAUGAGGCCAUGGUGCUGUUCCUCAACAUGGUGGCACCUGGCCGAGUGCUCAUCUGCACCGUCAAGGAUGAGGGCUCCUUCCACCUCAAGGACACAGCCAAGGCUCUGCUGAGGAGCCUAGGCAGCCAGGCCGGCCCUGCCCUGGGCUGGAGGGACACCUGGGCCUUCGUGGGACGAAAAGGAGGUCCUGUCCUCGGGGAGAAACAUUCUAAGUCACCUGCCCUCUCCUCCUGGGGCGAUCCAGUCCUACUGAAGACAGAUGUGCCGCUGAGCUCAGCUGAAGAAGCAGAGUGCCACUGGGCAGACACAGAGCUGAACCGUCGCCGCCACCGCUUCUGCAGCAAAGUCGAGGGCUAUGGGAGUGUGUGCAGCUGCAAGGACCCCACACCCAUCGAGUUCAGCCCUGACCCACUCCCAGACAACAAGGUCUUCAAUGUGCCUGUAGCUGUCAUUGCGGGGAACCGGCCCAAUUACCUGUACCGGAUGCUGCGCUCUCUACUCUCAGCCCAGGGGGUGUCUCCCCAGAUGAUAACAGUUUUCAUCGACGGCUACUAUGAGGAGCCGAUGGAUGUGGUGGCGCUGUUUGGUCUGAGGGGCAUCCAGCACACUCCCAUCAGCAUCAAGAACGCCCGUGUGUCUCAGCACUACAAGGCCAGCCUCACUGCCACUUUCAACCUGUUUCCGGAAGCCAAGUUUGCUGUGGUUCUGGAAGAGGACCUGGACAUCGCUGUGGAUUUUUUCAGUUUCCUGAGCCAAUCCAUCCACCUGCUGGAGGAGGAUGACAGCCUGUACUGUAUCUCUGCCUGGAAUGACCAGGGGUAUGAACACACGGCUGAGGACCCAGCACUGCUGUACCGUGUGGAGACCAUGCCUGGGCUGGGAUGGGUGCUCAGGAAGUCCUUGUACAAGGAGGAGCUUGAGCCCAAGUGGCCCACACCGGAAAAGCUCUGGGACUGGGAUAUGUGGAUGCGGAUGCCGGAACAACGCCGAGGCCGAGAGUGCAUCAUCCCUGACAUUUCCCGAUCCUACCACUUUGGCAUCGUUGGCCUCAACAUGAAUGGCUACUUCCAUGAGGCCUACUUCAAGAAGCACAAGUUCAACACGGUUCCAGGUGUCCAGCUGAGGAACGUGGACAGUCUGAAGAAAGAAGCGUAUGAAGUGGAAGUUCACAGGCUGCUCAGUGAAGCUGAGGUUCUGGACCACAGCAAAAACCCUUGUGAAGACUCUUUCCUGCCAGACACAGAGGGCCACACCUAUGUGGCCUUUAUCCGAAUGGAGAAGGAUGAUGACUUCACCACCUGGACCCAGCUUGCCAAGUGCCUCCAUAUCUGGGACCUGGAUGUACGUGGCAACCACCGGGGCCUGUGGAGAUUGUUUCGGAAGAGGAACCACUUCCUGGUGGUGGGGGUCCCAGCCUCCCCCUACUCAAUGAAGAAGCCACCAUCAAUCACCCCAAUUUUCUUGGAGCCACCCCCAAAGGAGGAGGGAGCCCCAGGAGCUGCAGAACAGACAUGAGACCUCCUCCAGGACCCUGCAGGGCUGGGUACUGUGUACCCCCAGGCAGGCUAGCCCUUCACCCAAUCCUGUAGGAUUUUGUAGACACUCUCAGGGGCUGGGGCUGGUUUGUUUUUAACAUGAGACUUAAUUACUAACUCCCAGGGGAGGGUUCCCCUGCUCCAACAUCCCUGUUCCUGAGUUGGAGGUCUAUUUAUUUACUUCCUUGUCGGGAGAGGGCAGGAUAGUACCUGGGAAUCUUUGGGAUCCCUGGGCAGCUGAUCCUGCCCUUUGUAUACUCCCUCCUCCCAGGCCUGGCUCAGAAUCUAACCUAUUUAUUGACUGUCCUGAGGGCCUUGGAAACAGGCGGAAGCCUGGAGGGCCUUGAUUUUUUUUUUUGGACUGGGGUGCUGCCCUGAGGGUGGGGCAGGCUCUUACUCAGGAAACUGCUGUGCCCAACCCAUGGACAGGCCCAGCAGGGGCCCACCUGCUGAUGCAGACUCACUCAGAGACCCUCAGACACUGAACCAGGCCUCUUCUCAGCCUCCUCUUUGUCCAGAUUUCCAAAGCUGGAUGAGGUGGUCAUUGAUUAAAAAAGGAGAAAAGCUC